ACAGUUUGGUCCUUGCCUGCUCAAUGCUUAUCUGCUGGCUACAGAUUUGUGAAAACAAUGACUCUCCAGGGUAGGGUAUUAAUAAAGCAGCUUACGGGCUGUUGGCACAAAAUGUUUACAGAGCAAAAUUUGCUGGUGACAAACACAGUGAGCGGUGGGAUACUCUUGGCUGUAGGAGAUACUGUUCAACAGACAAGGGAGAUCAGAAAAGAUCCUGAGAAAAGUCGAGACUGGCAGAGGACAGGUAGGAUGUUUGUCAUUGGUGCUUGCUUGAGUCCAGUGGAUCACUAUUGGUAUAUCUGGCUGGAUCGUGCAUUACCGAGUGCAUCAAUGCGAACAGUAGUGAAGAAAGUUCUCAUUGAACAAAUUCUGGCAUCUCCCAUCGUUAAUGCUCUAUUUUUCUUGGGUAUUGGCUCCUUGGAGGGACAAACUCUGAAUGGGAGCUUGAAUGAAUUUCGAAGCAAAUUCUGGGAAAUGUAUAAG